GGCAGAGGUGAGCGGGGCCCCGAGGCUUGGCGGCGAGAAGGAGACCUUCCGGUCCGCAGGGGUUCGGCCGACCGCCAGGCUAGCGGGCCGGCUAGCGGACUGACUCGCGGGCCGCGCGGGACACACCUACUCGCCACUGCGGCUCGGGAGCGGGCUGGAGGCGCGGGCCCGAGGGUCUCGAGCUGGGAAAGGGGUCUCGUCCAUCACCUAGACAUGGAUUUAGAUGCUGUUACAAAGCAGUCAGCAUUACAUGCCAAGCCUGAUGGACUCACUCUUCAAUAUGGGACUGCUGGAUUUCGAACGAAAGCAGAACACCUUGAUCAUGUCAUGUUUCGAAUGGGAUUAUUAGCUGUCCUGAGGUCAAAACAGACCAAAUCUACUAUAGGAGUCAUGGUAACAGCAUCACACAAUCCUGAGGAAGACAAUGGUGUAAAAUUGGUUGAUCCUUUGGGUGAAAUGUUGGCACCGUCCUGGGAGGAGCAUGCUACCUGUUUGGCCAACGCUGAGGAACAAGAUUUGCCGAGAGUGUUGGUGGACAUUGGCGAGAAAGCAGCUGUGAAUCUGCACCAAGAUGCCUUCGUGGUGAUUGGUAGAGAUACCAGGCCCAGCAGUGAGAAACUUUCACAGUCUGUAAUAGACGGUGUGACUGUUUUAGGAGGUCAAUUCCAUGAUUAUGGCUUGUUGACGACGCCCCAGCUGCACUACAUGGUGUACUGUCGAAACACCAGUGGCCAGUAUGGAAAGGCAACCACAGAAGGUUACUACCAGAAACUCUCUGCAGCCUUUGUGGAACUUACCAAACAGGCCUCCUGCAGUGGAGAUGGCCAAAGAACACUUAAGGUUGACUGUGCGAACGGCAUAGGGGCCCUGAAGCUGAGAGAAAUGAAACACUACUUCUCCCAGGGGCUGUCAGUGCAGCUGUUUAACGAUGGGACCAAAGGGAAGCUCAAUCAUUUAUGUGGGGCUGACUUUGUGAAAAGUCAUCAGAAACCUCCUCAGGGAAUCGAAAUGAAGUCCAAUGAAAGAUGCUGUUCCUUCGAUGGAGAUGCAGACAGAAUAAUUUACUACUACCAUGAUGCAGAUGGUCAGUUUCAUCUCGUGGACGGAGACAAGAUAGCAGCACUCAUUAGCAGUUUCCUUAAGGAACCCCUGUUGGAGAUUGGAGACAGUUUGAGUCUUGGUGUCGUACAAACUGCAUAUGCCAAUGGAAGUUCAACACGCUACCUGGAAGAAGUUAUGAAGGUACCUGUCUAUUGUACUAAAACUGGUGUAAAACACCUGCAUCACAAGGCUCAGGAAUUUGACAUUGGAGUUUAUUUUGAAGCAAACGGGCAUGGCACAGUUCUAUUUAGUAAAGCUGCUGAAAUGAAGAUAAAACAACUAGCAAAAGAAUUAGAAGAAAAUAAGAAAAGGAAAGCUGCUAAGAUGCUUGAAAACGUGAUUGACUUGUUUAACCAGGCAACUGGUGAUGCUAUUUCUGACAUGCUGGUGAUUGAGGCAAUCUUGGCUCUGAAGGGCUUGACCGUACAGCAGUGGGACGCCCUCUAUACAGAUCUUCCAAACAGACAGCUCAAAGUUAAGGUUGCAGACAGGCAAGUUAUUAGCACCACAGAUGCCGAAAGACAAGCAGUUAAACCUCCAGGACUCCAGGAAGCCAUCAAUGAGCUGGUGAGGAAGUACAGGCUUUCUCGAGCUUUUGUCCGGCCCUCUGGUACCGAAGACAUAGUCCGAGUCUAUGCAGAAGCGGACUCGCAGGAAAAUGCGGACAGCCUUGCAUAUGAAGUGAGCUUGGCAGUAUUUCAGCUGGCUGGAGGGAUUGGAGAAAGACCUCAACCAGGUUUCUGAGGACAAUUUUUAUAUUUUUUAGAAACUAGACUUUUAAAAACUUUUUACAGGAUAAUAGUACUGCCAUUAUUGUGACAGGCUCAAACACAUAAUCAUAAAUGUUUAGUCUGUACCUUACUGGAUUAUUUCUAGAUCUGAUUAUUUUUCUUAAACAAACACUACCAGAAUCAUUCUUUAGAAAUAGGUAAGCCCUUAUACUUGUUAAAAUUUAGUUUUUUUAAAAACUGAAAUUUACCCCUAAUAUCAAUCACACUAAUGUAAACUACUGGAGCUUAAGUAUAUGAUUCAGUCAUUAACUUUAUAAUAUAUGCAAGGAAAAAUUCAUGAAGGCUGCUAGAAAAUUAAACUUUAUUUAUUACCAA